AGGCCGCAGAGCGUAGCCAGAGGCAGUGGGGGGGAACGGUGGCCCGCAGAGGACAAUCCCCUCCCAAAGCGCAACCGAAAUUGAAACGGGGGGGCAGAGCGCCCGCCCCGGACGCCUGGGCCCCUAGGGGGGCAGCCUGUGCUCGGGGGCGGGGGGGGGCGGUCCCGUCCCGCCCAGCAGCCUGGGGAAGGGCAGAGUUCAGGGGUGGCGGUUUCGGGGCCCCUCAAAGACAGGGCUGAGUUCAGGGGUGGUGGUUUCAGGGCCCCCCCAUACGGGCAGAGUUAAGGGGCGGCGGUUUUGGGGCCCCCCCCCCCAGUGAAAGACAGAGUUAAACAACGGUUUCGGGCCCCCCCCAGGGAAAGGCAGCGAUAAGGGGCGGAAGUUUCCUGUCCCCGAGUUCAGGGGUGCUGGUUUCGGGGCCCCCCGAGGAAGGGCAGAGAUAAGAGGCGGCGGUUUCGCCCCCCCGGGGGGGGGGCGAGCGCAGGGCAGCGGUUUCGGGGGGGCCCGGCCCGGCCCAGCCCUUCCUCUUCCUCUUCUGGUGACUUCUGCAAUCGCUGGGGCAGCGGGUGCCAGGACGCCAUGGGCACGGGGCUCCCCCUCCUCCUGCUCCUCCUCGGCUGCUUCGUGGCGGGGUCGUGCGGGGCCACGGACUCCCCGUCCCCGUCCCCGUCCCUGAAGCCGGAGGCGGGGGCCUGGCUGCCGUCCGCGGUGUCGCUGAGCUGCCGCGGCGCCUGGAGCCACUUCCUGCUGCUGCGCGACGGCCGCCCCGACCCCGGCAGCGAGCACAUGGCCACCAGCACCAGCGGCCUCGUCUUCUUCACCCCCCGCGCCGGCGGCAACUUCACCUGCCGCGGCGGCGACGGCAACGGCAACGUCACCUCCGCCCCCAGCAACACCGUGCUCCUGCUGGACACCGACCCCCGGCUGCCGCCGCCGCAGCUCUGGGUGGUGCCGGAGCCGCCGCAGCCGCCGCCGGAGCCGCCGCAGCCGCCGGUCCCAGCGCGGGUGGUCGAGGGCUCCCCCCUGGCCCUGGCCUGCCGCGGCCCCCCCGGCGCCCCCCCCGCCACCUUCCGGCUCUUCCGGGGGGGCCCCGGGGGGGCCGUGGGGGGGGGGCAGCGGGUGCCGGCCGGGGGCACCGCGCGCUUCACCCUGGGGCCCCUGAGCCUCCCCGACAACGGCUCCUACUACUGCACCUACAACCCCGGGGGGGCCGCCGGGGGGGCUCCCCCCCCAGCCCCCCCCAGGAGAUCCACGUGGAAGUGGUGGAGCGCCCCCACCCCGGACGCCCCAACUGGCCGGGCUGCCGGCCCUGGGCUGCGGGGGGCUGAGCCCCCCCCACGUCCCGGACGCCUGGGCCCUCGCUCCCCGUCCCGGAUGCCUGGGCCCACCUCCGCUCCGCCUCAAUAAAGCAGCAUCUCCCGGA